CAAUCCUCCUGGAUAGGCUGGGAGCAGAGUGGGCUUGGCCGGCCUGAGGCGUGGCCGGGGAAGGACUAUUCCCGGCUAUUGCCUCAAAUCUGCUGUUCAAAGCCCUUGGUUGCCUCAAGAGGGGACCGUCCCUGCGGGCUCCCUGCAGUUACACCCCAGAGGUUACCUUACUGUCCUCCCCAGGGGUGAGAAGACGACAGUGGCCUUUGCAGGCCACCCGCAGCACCCUGACCUCUUGCCCCGCGGUCACAGCACCCCCUGCCGGUGGCCCGCUGCCGGUCGCCGGCGCCUGUCUGUCGCGCCAUGAAGCUGAGCAGCCUCUCCCUGCUCUCGGUGGCCGCCCUCCUUUGGCUCCGCGUGGCGCAGGCCAACAUGAAGGAAGUUCAGCAGAAAUCUGGGUACUGCCCGGAGUUCUUUCUCUCCUGCUCCUUCACGCUGCUUCCCCGGUGCCGGCGGGACGGAGGCUGCAACGGCCCCAAGAAGUGCUGCUUCUACCAGUGCCAGCAGCAGUGCAUGCAGCCCUGGCCCACGCUGGACUGAGAGCUCUGGAGGGGAGGACCUAGCAGGAUUCAGGCCACUGUGGACCUCCAUGGAAAGCCACAUCCCCAGGACCGACGGCGUGCAUCGCCCCAUGUUUCUGGUUCUUCUCUCCCUAGGUGGAACCCCCUGUUUAACCAAUCCUGAGAAGACAGUGGGCCACAGCCUCUGACUUGGAUAACUAGUCUCCAAUUCUUCUGUGCUUCUUCCAGGCCCUUCCUGUUAUCAAAAGUUAAAUGCUUAUUAAUAUGAAAACAAGACAAAGAAAUAAAAGCCCAGGUCUUUA